AUGAACAAAAUGUCUUGUUUACCAAUAUUAAAAAAGGUAUCCAUGAAUCACAAUCAUACCCAUUUGGAAUCUGAAACUUCUGAUGUUGAAAGAACCACCAGUUUCGAAUCAAGUUAAUUAGGCAGAAUGAUUGAAAUUACAUCAUUUCGGAGAAUUUCCACAUCAUCAAAAGGAGAUAAUAAUUAAAGUCCUAGACAAUAAAGGAAAAAUUCCUUUGUCACUUUCGAAUCUAAUAAUAUUACAAUUUCUGUUAGCCAAAUCAAAUCUAUAAAUGAUCCUUCAUUGUAUGUAAAAAUGAAUGAUUUAUAAAAUAGAAUUUGGAAAGCAUUGACUAAAUUCACAAAUGCAUAAUUAGAAUCAGUUUUUUUGAUUGACAUCAUAGUCUUGCAUAAUUAUACUGAAUUUGAAUUUAAGUUUGACCUUUCUCAAUUGUCUUGCUUUAUGACAAUUAAAGAAUUAAGAGAAUAAAUACAUGUUAUUUUUUAUUAAUAAAAGAACUAAAAAAUAAAAGACCCUUAAUUAUAUAUUUUGAUUGGAGUUAUCAAAACAUAAAAGUUAGAUAGCGAUAUAAGAUUGUUUGAAUUACUAAACAUUUUACUAAAUGGGAAAAAAACAUUGAUUUUGUAAACCUCUUGUUAAAAUUUUUGA